CAGAUCUCAAACAUUCACCUUUCCCGAUCGUCGCCGCAAUCUCCUCCCUCACCUCCAUUUAUUCCCCUCCCAUUUUCACACCUCUCCUGUUUUUUUCCAUCACCGAUCCAUUAGGGCGUAUUCUGUAAUUUCCAUCCUAUGCUUCAACCUCAGUAAUUUUAUUUGAGUAAAUUCUAUCUGAAUUAAUUUCUUCUAUAAACAGUCCUUUAUCUAAUACAAUUUCCCACAUAUAAUUCCAAAAACAUUCUGUUUUCCAGUUCUCUAUUUUUCAUAACUAUUUCAUGAUUAAUUCUUGUUGAUUACAAGUAGAAAAAAGUUAUUUUGAGUUUUCAACAUAACUGAUCCUGAGUUACUUUUUAUAUAUAGAGCACGACAAAAUUUACUCUUAUUUUACCCUUCUAUAGUAGUGACAUAGCCAAACCCCCACGUCCUAAAUGACUAAAUCCACUUUACUGAUUUAAAUUUGUUAAACUCACUCUUGCUCUUAUAAAUUUGAGAUUUGUGUGCUUUUCUCUCUACUCUUACAUUAUUAGUGCUGGUGAUUUGUUUGCAUGUUCUUUUGUAUUUGGACCAGGUUCUUUUAUAAACAGUUUCUUUGUUCCCAAGUAAAGAUAAGGUUUGGUCCUACUUUUUGUGGAAUUUUACUAGGUUUAUUGUUGUGGUGUUUGUGAUCUAAGGUGUGAAUUUAGCAAAUGAAAAUAAAAAGUGGAUUUAGUUAAGGUGUGGUAUUAGUCUCACCCUUCUAUUAAUUUAAUUAUUAUGGAGUAAGAUUAUAAGCAUUUAAAUUUUUUUUAUUGUUUGAUCUGAGGAUGGAGUGUUUUGGUGUGUUAGGAAUUGUGAGACUUCAAUUCCUGCAAUGAGAGAAAGGAGCAACGGGUUGAGGAAUUUGGCUUCUUCCCCUGCCGAUCAUAAGAAAAGUGGUGGCGUACAUAACAAUGUUAGGUCCAGCCACAACGGCGAUAACCACCACCACCGCCACGGCGGUGGUGGGUCGGUGUCGUCGGAGACAGCCCAGGAGAGCAAGAGAGGUGGUGGUUCUUCCUCCGGAAGCGAUGUGGUUCCAGGUGUGUGGCCGCCUAAGUUUGUGAUCGCCCUCACGAAUAAGGAGAAGGAAGAGGACUUCAUGGCGAUCAAAGGAUCCAAACUCCCUCAGCGCCCCAAAAAACGUGCCAAGUUUGUCCAGCGUACCCUCAAUUUGAUUAGUCCUGGAGCGUGGCUUUGUGAUCUUUCCCUCGAACGGUAUGAAGUAAGGGAGAAAAAGGUCUCAAAGAAGAGACCAAGAGGGUUGAAGGCAAUGGGCAGCAUGGAGUCUGAUUCAGAGUGAGAGAAAACAAAGCAAUUUGAAAAAGAGGGAAUGGGAAAAGGGUAAAAGCUUUAUGUACUUAUUUUGUAUUUCAGGGGUUUUCAGCUCCAGAAAUAAUGAAAUUUGUAAAAAAAUCAUAUGGUUAUGGUAUACUACUCCAUUUCCUCUUCUUUUUCUUCUUUUUGAAAGUAGAUAUGAAAACCAGCUCAGUAUAUAAAAGUUCCUCACUUUUGUUCUCUUUGGAGUUACAUAGUCAAGAAGAAGCCAAUAAAGUUCAUAUGAAAGC